AAGAGGACACACAGGAGACCACACAGGGUUUCAGCUUUAUUGGCAAACAUUCGGGUUGCAGAGCAGUCUCAUCAUGGACGUCCGGUUGGUCUGCAGCACUUUGAGUCUGCUGUUAUCUGUUAUAGGAGCAGCCCUCGGCUCCGGAGACGACGGCUGGUCCAUGAAGGUGCAGGCGGAGGUACGAGCCAUCGAGAGCUACCCGGUGGUGCUGCCCUGCACCUUCAGCCACCCGACGCACUCCCAGCAUUCCUCCCUGCAGGUGCUGUGGCGUCUGGGCCACGGCCAGGGCGCCGCGGUCCUGUACCGCUGCACCAGCCGGUCCGGGGCCCCCACAUGCGAGCCGGGGCCCCAGCAGGACCAGCGCUACCGGCUGGAGGGCAACCCGAGGGAGCACGACCUGUCGCUGAGGAUCAACAGCGCCACCCUACAGGACAACGGACGCUACUACUGCCGAGUGGAGGUUCAGGGACGAGAACAUGUCAGCUUCGAGGACAAGAUGGGAACCAGACUGAGAGUGGAGGCUCCUCCAAAGAUCCUGGCUCUGUCAGUGGAGGGCACUGAGCAGUCCGGGUACAGAGCCGUGUGCCGGGUCCAGGGCUCCCCGCUGCCGGACGUCCAGUGGCUCGGCCCGGACGACUUGCUGGAGGGUUCUCUGGUCGCUCCGCUGGCUCAGGGCUCCGUGGCUCACUACCACACCGUCAGCCAGCUGAGAGACGUGGAGCCGGGCCAGCAGUACACCUGCAGCGCCUCCAACCCGCUGGGCAAAGAGCAGGCCACCCUGUACGUCCUGGCCCCCCGACCCCCGCUGUCCGUCGCCGGGGCCUCGCCUCCUCUCCUGCUCCUUCUGUCUGCGUCUCUGGGGGCAAAGGUCCUCCUGCUGGUGGGGAUGGGGGUGUGGAUGGUGCAGGGAGGAGCUCUGCAGGGAGUCAGCUGCUGGUGGAAAUAACCUGCUCUGAUAUCAUUUAUGCAUAAACAAAUCAUGAACGACUAUACAGUAAAGCAUUGUUGUAAUGAUGUAACAUAUCUCUGUAUAGGAGACGUUAUAAUUACUGACAAAUACUGAACAUUAAUAAACACUUAAAAUGUCCUUAUAUUUGCUUUCAACUACAUUAUAGUGUCUAAUAAACCACUUAUUAAAUGGUGCGUACUGCUUAUAAAUGCUUAAUAUAGAAAGUGUUAUUCACUUUAAUGACCCGGUUUAUCCGUAUUUCAAGGGCAGAUUAUGAUUAUUAUUAUUACCAUGUUUAUAAGAUGUUUGCUACACCUUGAACUGUAUAUGAAUAUUAAUAAUGUAAUGUUUAAAUGAUUGUUGAACCUGUGGGAAAUAAAAACACAACAGCAGUCUA